AUGACCGACAUCAAGACAUCAACCGUUUCUAAGGGUCCGGGCUCCACCACCAGGGACGAUGCGGCAAAGAAAGCUGGGUCAGCCGCCGGUACUGCGAAGCCUGGUGCAGCCAGCGGCAAGCCCAAGAAAGCUGGGUCAGCUGUCGACUCUGCCAAGAACACGGGUUCUCAUUCCGAGAAACCGCCCACGCCGAACGUCGACCCCAAGGCAGCGAGCACUGGCAAGGCGACCACAACGGCGGGCCAGUCUGACGCAAUGCCCCAAUCGGGAAGGGGUGACACUCACGACCUCACGAAGGCCGCCGAUGCCCUCCAGUCUGCUUUAACGGACGACGAGAAGUCCAAGCUCACUCCUGGCAAGGACUCCGGCAAAGCGACCGAGCCCCUCGAAUCUGCCUUAACAGACGAGGAAAAGUCUAAGCUGACUCCUGGGAAGGACUCUGGCAAAGCCCUCGGGAAGGGUACAACAGAGACCGCCACAAAGGAAGGCCAGACUGAUACCCAGCAAAAGGAAGAAGCAGUUGAAGGAACAGAUCCAACUGCUCAGGGUGUCGAGGGUAGUGAACAAAAUGGACAUGCCUUGAAGGAGGGUGAAGUCCCAAGCGAGGCAGAGGAUGUCCCUGAGGCCCACAUCUCAGAAGACGACCUUCCCAAGGACGACGAGGACGAGGAUGACAUUUCCGAAGGCGACCAGCUCGAGGGCGACGAGGACGAGUGUGGCAAGAAUGAAUUCGACAUUCCCGAAUACGAAGACGAUGUUCUUGAGGACGAAGGUAACCUUUCCGCGGAGGAGGGUAACAUUCGCGAAGACGACGAGGACGAGGGCGACAUCCCCGAAGGCGACGAGCUCGAGGGCGACAAGGACGAGGAUGGCGAUAAUGAAUUCGACAUUCCCGAAGACGAUGUCCUCGAGGGCGAUAUUCCUGAAGACGAGGACGACGUUCUUGAGGGCGAAGGCAACAUUACCGCGGAAGAGGGCAGCAUUCCCGAGGACGACGAGGACGAUGGCGACAUACCCGAAGGCGACGUUCCCGCAGGCGGCGUUCCCGAGGAUGACGUUCCCAAGGACGACGAGGGAGAAGUCGGGUAUGAAGCAGCUGGCGAGGGCGAGAAUGUGGCCCAAGACGUUGAAGGCGGUCUUGAGGAUGACGGAAACGGUGAGGAAGCCUCCUCCGAUAAAGUCGUCCCCGACCCCUCUGUCCUCAAGGUCCUCAAGGACGGCAGGGUGAACAAAGGUGGAAACGUGAUCGACCAGGACAACAAGAUUGUUGGUCGCGUCAAAGAGGGGGUGCUCGCAAAGCUCGUGGGAAAGCGUGUCGACGAGAACGGAGACAUCUGGAACGACAGUGGCAAAAAGGUCGGCGUCGCCGAACCGAUCCCGGACGACGAGCUUGAGGCGAUGCUUAAAGAGCCUGCGCCCUUCGAGGCCUUCCCCGACGCGGUUGUGGACCGCGAUGGAUAUGUGAUCUUCAAUGAAGAACGCGUAGGAAAGGUCACCGAGGGGGAUGUAAAGCGACUGCGCGGCAUGAAGGUCGACGAGGAUGGCGAUAUCCUUGACCGAGUCGGCAGCGUCAUCGGACAUGCCGAGCGAUGGGAGGAGGAACCAGAACCUGAGCCAGAGCCGAAGGAGGAAGAGGACCUUUCCAUUCUUGCCGGCAAACGGGUCAACAAAGGUGGCUAUGUUGUCGACAGCAGUGGCAACAUCUACGGCCGCGUCAUCGACGGCGACGUCAAGCGCAUGGUCGGUCGGAUGUGCGACAAGAAAGGCAAUAUCUUGUCCGAGGGCGGCGAUGUGCUUGGCAAGGCCGAGUUGGUUCCCGAGGGCGAGCGCGACGGCUCAAAAAGUGGACCAUUUACCGGCCUUUCCGGGUGCACUGUAGCCAAAACUGGCAAGGUGGUGGCGCCCGGCGGUGACAUUGUUGGCCGUCUCACCGAAGGCGACCCCAAGGCUCUCUCCGGCCGCGUCGUAGACGAUGAUGGCGACAUCUGCGACAAGAACGGUAAUGUCCUCGGCCAUGCGGAGCGAUGGGAGGAGGAGGAGAUCGAGAAACAGAGGGACCCGAUGUCGGGCCGCCGCGUCAACCGCGAGGGAAACGUUGUCGACGAGACCGGCAACGUUAUCGGCAAGCUGACCUCGGGCGAUCUCAGCAUCUGCUCGGGCAAGGAGAUUGACGACGACGGCGAUGUCGUCGACGGCAAGGGUGUCACGGUGGGCCAUGUAUCCCUGAUCCAGGACAUUCCGGAAUCCGAGCCCGAGGAGUCUGCCGAAGCCAAAGAGACGCGCGAGCAGGCUGAGAAGGACAAGAAGCUUGCCCAGCAGAUGGCAUACUGCGUGACGCAGACUCUCGACAAGGUCAAGCCAAUCUGCGACACGAUCACCAGAAAGAUCGAGGCAGCGGAGCGAAUGCCGAAAGAAGAGCUCGAUGAGGAGCAGUUAGUUCGCGAGGUCCGUCCCCUUAUCGAAGACGGCGGCAAACUCCUCUCCGAGGCCAAUGGCAUCAUUCGUGGCCUCGACCCGGAUGGUAGGAUCCAGCGGAACGCCAAGCAAAAGUCAGCGACGCACGAAGCCACGCCGGAGGAAUUCUUCUUGGCCGAUGUCCUCAAAGAGCUCACCGUAACCGUCGCUCAGACCAUUGAGAGCGCCAAGAGAAAGCUUGAGGGAAUGCCACACGCAAAGGACGAGCUGAACCCCCUCUGGGGUCUCCUGAACGAGCCUCUUGUUCAGAUCCUCGCCGGCGUGGGGUUGCUCCUGGGAGGCGUUCUCGGCAUUGUUGGCAGACUACUCAACGGUUUGGGGCUCGGUGGUCUCGUCAACGGACUGCUGGGCAAUCUUGGAAUUGGAACCGUUCUCGACAAGUUGGGUCUCGGGUCUGCCACAGGCAAGGGCAAGGGCAAGAAGAACCAGGGGCUUCUCGGUGGUCUCGGCUUGUAG